CUGGGCUAGAGCUCUAUUGCAUGCUGGCUACUAUUAAAAGAACAAGUGAGCAAGCAGCGUGCAGUACUACUGUACUGUAGCAGUUCACCCACCACAAUCAUCAACCCCCCAAAAAACCUGAACGAUUCCCUUCCAAAUGCAGAGCUCCUACAAGUAGCCGGCGAAGCACGAGUGACUGGCCAAGGGGGACGACCUGAAGAGUCUACCAAGAAAUCCGAAGGCUAUUAAUGCAUUUAUGUCGCCUUCUUGUCUUCUUAUCUUUGUGAGGUGACCACCGAUGUGAACACCCACAGACCGACGACCCCUUCCCGUUUCUUUCACCUGGUCGUGCCUUCCCCUAUCAAAAGCAGUGGCCUCAAGGAAAUGCUGUGCGUUGAACAAGUUGAUUUCCAAAUUACAGAGAUGGCAACUGAACAUUUGGCUGUCAAAAAUCUGAAGAAUCUUGCCCUAAUGAAAGGCUUGUUGGGCCUCGUCGUCCGAUUGUUGCAGAAAUGUGUUGCCCUCAUGUGCACGACCCCUGGAGUCCAAUAGGACACUCUGAGGCCUAUUAUCCAAAUGGGGGCCUAGACUAUCCUCCAAGCAACAUACGAGGCUAUCCAAAUAUUUGGCGAGGUCCUCCGAACAGUCCUGUUCAAUGGCAAAAACCCUACGACUCCCGGAUGGUAUGGAAAUCGCCAUGGAUCUCGAUGGAUGCCAUGAAAGCCAUAAAUCUUGAGAGGCAAAUCGAGAUUAAUCAAGCCUUUGCCGCCCCCACACAUGCCCUGGAAGAUUACGCCCGCCACCAUUAUCCGGAGUUGUUUCGACCUAAGCCUAGUUUGCCCUAUGAUUCGGGACCGGUCAUCGAUUUGACUUCCGUCCGUGCCCAAAAUAUACUGGGUUAUCCCCCAAGACCCACCAUCAACGUCGUGGCGAGUUGUGAAAGGCGCUAUUGCUACAUGUCGUGUCGGUUGAGGCUCUUGGGUGGGGGUCGGUGCACGCCCGGUGGAUGUAUGUGCUACUUCAACCAUCUCGACUACAAUGGCGCCCCAGGAAAAAGACUCUAUCCCGAUGAUAACAUUUGGUAUGAAUUGUCCACUGAAGAGCAGAGCAUGAUCCUGGACGUGCUCAGAGAAGGCCGACCUCGGAAUCCUCCACCCACCGGACUCCCAUCGGCGGGGGGUGGUCCCAAGACCGACAGACCUCCAUUUGGACAAGACUUCUAUCCACAAACUAUCAACAGCUGGUACGGCAACAAUCAGAAUAAUGCCGGGCCGACGAAGCCUCCUUACCGCACCACCACGGGGGCCAGUAUUGGCGGGGGGUGGGAUUGGGGUCCGGAAGAGACCUUGCCCCCACCUUCUGCUCGCCCGCCUUUCGAUUCGGACAACAAUUGGUUUCUUCCAGAGAAACCCGUGACCAACCGACCCACAAUGCGUCCCAACCCAGUGACCUCCCGAUCUUCUGGGGGAGGUUCCCCCUUCAGCGAUGAAGACGAGUUGGGCAGCAAUGGGAGUGGUGAUGAUGACAAUGACGACGAUUUCAGUUCCUUCGGAGAUGACGAUGACUUUUGGUAAAGAGCAGUCAAUCUUGUUUGAUUUUAGAAUCUGAGUUGAUCUAGUUCAUUAGUGGACGAAUAAUGAAAAAAUAAUUGAUUUAA